CUGGCAGCCAUGACGGAGGAGGAGGCGGUCUGCAGCUUCUCCAGCUCUCUGCAGGAGAUGCAGGACAUGGACCUGGACCCCCCCAGUGAAGGUCAGCUCAGAGGUCACGACCUGCUGCUGGCUCUGCUCAACAAGAUGGAGGAAGGAGUCACGUCCAGAGGAGAGCGGCCUCAGCCAGAGGGCUCCGACCAGGAGGAAGGGGAGGAGGAGGUGAGCGUCGGGGAGGUGAGAGACGAGCGGACUACAAAACCUCACAGGACUACAAGUCCCAGACGGCAGAGUCCAACGUCCUCCCCUGGACAGAUCAGUCAGGCUGCAGAUGUCGGUUUUGAAGCGACCAAUCGGGGCUCGGUUGCCGUGGGCGACCAGGCAGCGGAGCCAAUGGGAACGCUGACAUCGGAGCUGUCGCUGUCUCACCUGGACGACUCAGACGCAGCGGCGCAGGUGGUCAGGCAGCUCGACACACCGACAGCUGGACGGGACGAAGACGACGGAACCAGGAGGACGAAGGAGGUCCGGCUACCGUCAGUCAGACCCGAGGACACGAUGGACGAGUCAAUGAGCGCGGCAGCAGAGUCCGACUCGUCCAGCGAUGUUUUCUAGAAGCGAGUCGAAUGUGACGCUUUAAUAAACAAUUCAUGAGAAGGUAUUGAUCGGACUGAUCGAUCGUCUCGUGUUUCUGACUGAUGAUGGAUUUUCUCAGACGGAGGAUUAAACUCUGGAGCUUUGAUGAAGCUGAACUCAGACCUGAAGACGAAAACAUCAGAGGCACGAACGUUAGACACACGUUAGAC